AUGCCGGCCGCUGUGGAAGAGCCGGACAAUGUCGCCUACAAGGCCACCAGGGGCGGCAAUGCGAAUGACCUCCGGGAUCUGGCACGUAUGGGCAAGACGCAGCAGUUGCAGCGCAAUUUUCGACUCGUGACGAUGUUCGGGUUUAGUGCGAUUCUGAUGUGUUCCUGGGAGUCUCUUCUGAGCACCUUGAGUAUUGCGCUGCAGAAUGGAGGCACUGCUGGUCUGAUCUGGACGUGGUUGAUUGUGUGGAUCGGUUUCACGGCGGUGUACAUGUCCAUGGCCGAGAUGGGCAGCAUGGCACCUACAACAGGAGGACAAUACCAUUGGGUUAGUGAAUUUUCGCCGAGGAAAUACCAGAGAAGUUUGAGCUACAUUGUCGGAUGGCUCGGUGUGCUUGGAUGGCAGGCUCUGCAGGCGUCGAUCGCUUUCCAGGCUGGAACGAUCAUCCAAGGACUUCUGGUCUUGAAUUACCCGGACACCUAUGUGUAUGAGCGAUGGCACGGUACCCUCCUUGUCAUUGCCGUAUUGUUAUUCGGCGCCCUGUUCAACAUCUUCCUGGCCACUCGUCUGCACCUGGUUGAAGGCUGUAUCCUCAUCGUCCACAUCUACGGCAUCUUCUGCGUCUUGGUCCCACUCUGGGUCUUGUCUCCACGCACAACGUCUGACUUCGCCUGGACGACAUUCCAAGAUCCUGGGUGGAACAGCCCCGGAGUCUCAGCAUUAAUUGGCAUGCAAGCUUGCGUAGUGCCGUUGCUCGGAGCGGAUGCAUCUGUCCACAUGUCUGAGGAGCUCAAAGAUGCAGCAUACACGCUCCCACGGUCGAUGAUGUGGGCACUGUUCUUUAACGGAGCUGCGGGUUGGGUUACAGCCAUCACAGCAGCCUACUGUAUUGGCGAUCUCACGAAAGCUCUCGAAACGCCAACGGGGUACCCAUUCAUCGAGAUGUUCUAUAACUCCACACAAUCUUUGGCAGCUACGAAUACCAUGACAGCGAUCAUCGUCUUCAUGGACGCCUUCAGUGCCGUCACUAUCAUGGCUUCCGCAUCGCGCCAGAUGUACGCAUUUGCGAGAGACAAUGGAACACCAUACGCGGGCUGGCUAUCUGCCGUCAGCCCGAGACUCGACGUGCCAGUGAACGCCGUCAUCACAUCACUGGUCAUCUCCAGCCUUCUGUCCUUGAUUAACAUCGGAAGCACAGUCGCCUUCAACAGUCUCGUGUCGCUGACGAACGGCGUGCUCAUGGUCUCGUACGGCGUUUGCAUUGGCUGCUUCGUGUGGAGGAGACUGUCCAGACAGCCGAUGUUACCUUCACGAUUCAAUCUCGGCGUGCUCGGCCUUCCCGUCAACCUAUUGGCAAUGGCGUUCCUGUCCGUCGUGUUUGUCAUGGCUUUCUUCCCACCAACGCCCUUGCCCAACCUCGAAGUCAGCUCCAUGAAUUGGUCGUCGCUGGUGUUUACAUCUGUGGCUCUGUGGGGUCUCAUCUUCUACUUCGUGUGGGCCCGGUACAGAUACGUCGGGCCCGUCGAGUAUGUCAGAAAACUGGAUUGA